AAUGCACUUUUGUGCCAUUGGAGCUCCGUUCAGUUCUCUUCGUGAGCACGAACAAGAACCAUGUUUCAAGAUGAUGCCAUUUACGUGUCUUUAUUGCUCUCCUGUGUAGCUUUCGGAUUUAUCUGUCGAAAGUUUAAAGAUCCUCGCGAGAGACAAUGGAUCAGUACAAGUUUCGGUUUGCUUUUAGUUAUACUUGUUUCUGGAAGUCAUGUUGUGCAUCCCCUCAUCUGCUUGUUAAUUAAUGCGGUCAUCGUGACCAAGCUUUCUUGGAAAAUAUGCCAUCUAGCCAGUUUAUACUUUUCAUUUUUCUAUUUACUUGUUAUCUUUCGUUUGGGACAUUUGGUUGGUAUGCCGGUACCGCCUGCACAUACAAAUUUAGUUCAAAUGAUUCUUACCUUGAAAUUAUCUGGAUUAGCAUUUGAAAUAAACUCGGCUGCUGCCAUGAAACUACCGGACGAUCCUCAAGGGGUUAAUUCUGCAGCUUUAAAAAAAAUUACUUUUAUGGAUGUAAUUCAUUAUGGUCUAAGUUACAUGGGAGUUUUGACAGGUCCCUAUUAUCGGUACAGAACAUAUUGGGAUUCACUACAUAGACCUUUUUCUUAUUACGUCGAUCCAUGGCCUCUAACAUUGUAUAAGUUAAAACAAGCGACUGUGUUAUCUAUACUUUUUUUGUUAAUGAAUUACACAUUCCCUACAGAGUAUACUGUGACUGAGGAAUAUGCAAAUCGAUCGUUGUUGUACAGAUGGUUCUACACAUACCCAGUCUUUGCAACAUUUCGGCUAAGACUAUUUUCUGGAAUAAUUCUGUCGGAAUGUGCAUGUCAGAUGGCUGGAUUAGGUGCUUAUCCCACCAAAUGUGAAACUGCACCUGGAUUGGGGCCACGUAAUUACAAGGAGUUCGAAGAAAUAUGUACAGAUGAAGAAAAAAUAACACAAGAACAAUUCGAUUUUGAAACUAUACAUAACAUGAACAUAUGGCAAGUGGAAACUUGUCAUUUAGUAAGAUCGUGUAUGAAAUAUUGGAAUUCUUGUAUACAAUAUUGGAUGGGUAUUUACAUAUACAAAAGAUUUCCAUUCAAACCAUUAAGAAUGAUAAUGACAUUAACUCUGUCUGCAUUAUGGCAUGGAUAUGCUGUUGGUUACUACGUUUGCAUAUGCUCAGUUCCAUUUUAUUUACUGAUAGAAGAUCUGUUAAUAAAGUUUCACAAUCAGCACGAGAAGGAUAGCAUUGGUUGGAAAAUUUGGACGUUUACUCUAUGGGCAAUGAGACUAUCCUGUAUGGCUUAUUUGGGUGUUCCGUUUCUAUUACUCGAUUUUCGACAAAUAUUACAAUUUUAUGCAAAUCUGUAUUACAUUGGUCAUAUUAGUUCAGUUAUAAUAUAUAUAAUAGCCAGAAUAAUGAAACCCAUAAUUAUAAAGAAGAACGCAGAAAAAAACAAAUAGGUUUAUCAGCUAUAAAAGAAUACACUGCACUCUUAUUAAGGAAAAUGGAUUUAUAAAAAAAUACGAACUUCUGUGAUAGAUGCCUGCUACAAUAGGUUGAAAUUCGCCUAAGGAAUAUCACAAAAAUUUCUGGUCCAGUAAGGCCGAACUAACGCUGUCUUCCUGCACAGCAAGAAGGAACAUGACAUUAUAUACAUACGUAAGUAUGUAUUACAAAAUAAUUGCCUUUUCCGUAGACUUUAAUGAUUUGCGAUGAUAAUUAAGGGAUUAAAUGUAAAUUCGUAAUAAUUCAUAAUAAUAUUAUGGUAGUGUACAUAAUACUAGAGUAAGUUCAGGGAUAAAAAUGGAGAAUAAGAAAUUAAACAAAAAAAAAAAAAAAAA